AUGCACGAUUGUUCAAAAGGAGAAUCAAUUGCCAAUAUUUCACGGAAUAAUUCUGAAGCAGUACGUUUUCUUUUUUUUGUAAAAAAAUUGAUUCUUGAUAAAAUUCAAAUUUUCUUUCUUUAUUUUUUUCAUUCAUUUUUUCGUUUUUCUUUCUUUCGUUUUUCUUUCUUUCUUUCCUUAUUUUUCUAUCUUCAAUUCUCUCCCAUUCCUUUCUUUCAUUUUCUUCCUUUCUUUUUUCUUUUCUUCUGUUUUUCUUCUUUCAUUUACUUUUUGUAUUUUUUCUUUCAUUUUUCCUUUCGUUUUUCUCUUUCGUUCAAUUUUCCAUUAUAUUUUCUUUCCUUCUUUUUUCUUUCAUUCCUUCUUUCUUUUUCAUUCUUUCUUUGUUUCAUUUCUUUCUUUUUUUCUUUCAUUCUUUCUUUUUUUCUCUCUUUCUUUCUUUCAUUUUCUUUCUUUUUUCUUUUAUUCUUUCUUUCUUUCAUUUUCUUUCAUUCUCUCUUUUUUCAUUUUUCUUUUUCUUUCUUUCUCUCAUUUUCUUUCUCUACUCUUUCUUUCUUUUUCUUUCUUUCUUUCUUUCCUUCAUUCAUAUACUUUCAUUAUUUUUCUUUUAUUCUUUCUUUCUUUUUCUUCCUUUUAUUAUUUCUUUCUUUGUUUCUUUCAUUCUUUCUUUUUUUCUCUCUUUCUUUCUUUCAUUUUCUUUCUUUUUUCUUUUAUUCUUUCUUUCAUUUUCUUUCUUUUUUCUUUUAUUCUUUCUUUCUUUCAUUUUCUUUCAUUCUCUCUUUUUUCAUUUUUCUUUUUCUUUCUUUCUCUCAUUUUCUUUCUCUACUCUUUCUUUCUUUUUUCUUUCUUUCUUUCUUUCCUUCAUUCAUAUACUUUCAUUAUUUUUCUUUUAUUCUUUCUUUCUUUUUCUUCCUUUUAUUCUUUCUUUCUUUGUUUCUUUUAUUUUCUUUCUGUUUUUUUCUUUCAUUUUCUUUCUUUAUUUUUUCUUUCUUGCUUUCAUCUUCUUUAUUUUUCUUUUAUUUAUUCUUUCUUCCAUUCAUUUUCUUUUUUUCUUUUUCAUUCUUUCUUUCUUUCAUUCUUUCUUUCUUUCAUUCUUUCUUUCAUUCAUUUAUUUUAUUUUUCUUGCAUUCUUUCUUUCUAUUUUUCUUUUUCUUUCUUUAUUUCAUUUUCUUUCUUUUUUCUUUCUUUCUAUCAUUUUCUUUCUCUAUUUUAACUUUCAUUCAUUCUUUCUUUUUUCCUUCGUCCAUUCUUUCUUCCAUUUUUCAUUCUUUAUUUUCUGUCAUUCUUUCUUUCAUUUUUCUUUCAUUAAUUUUCAUUUUCUUUCUUUAUUUUUUCUUUCAUUCUUUCUUUUUUCUUUGA